CUCACCACCCCCGGUCCUGCCCAAGUGCCUGUCUGCCUGCCUGCCUGCCUGCCUGCCUCCCGCCACGACAUGGCCGCUACCCAACAGCUGUCGAUGCAGUCACGCACUGGACGUGUCAAUCAGCGGUACGGCUCCCAAGGCGAGCGCCUAGUCGCCGGCGUGGUGCCGCUUUCUGCCGACAAGUACUACGUGCUCCUCAUCCAGUCGACCAAGCGCAGUGGCUGGGUCCUCCCCAAGGGCGGCUGGGAAACAGACGAGGCGACGGCCCAGGACGCCGCCAAGCGCGAGGCCUGGGAAGAGGCGGGCAUAAUAUGCAAAAUCAACUACGACCUCGGCCUCAUCCCUGAGAAGCGGAGACCCGACCAGCUCACGUCGCAGGCCCCCAAGGCCUCGUACCAUUUCUUCGAAGCCACGGUCGAGAAGCAGGAGGCCCAAUGGCCCGAGCAGCACAAGCGGAAUCGAAAUUGGUUCAGCUAUACCCAGGCGCGACAGGCCCUGGCCGACCGGCCCGAGCUGCUCGACGCGCUCGACCGAUGUACCAUGCACCGAACAUAGACGCGCCUUGUUCCUUCUCUUCUCCUUCUUCUCCUUCUUCUUCUUCGUCUCUUCGUCUCCAUCUAAUAUUGCAUCAACACGGGAUUUCAAAAGCUUCAGGGGUACUAUAGACACUUGACACACCACCUUGUCUGCUCUACAUUUGGCGUUGUGGUAGCUCUUCGACAGGUAGAAUGAUGCAUGGUGGCCCUCUUGUACGCAAGAGUUGCUGGGCCACGUCAGGCUCGCAAGCACGCUUUUGGCAUGGCCAAGCGACACUCUACUCAGCUAUUGGUGCCGUCUGCUGCCUCCACUAAACGCUUAAAAAAGCAAUAUAUCAUUCGUCGGCACG